CCAGAAGUACAUCCUGAGUAUUUCUAUUAUCAUCUAAGCAAUUAUAUGGAAGUGCAAUUUUUUUAAUCGACUCUUUUUAUGUGUGAAAUACCAUGUCGUUGUUAGUAUUAUUAGCCAGCAGGCUAGUAGUUGUAGUUGCGCGCAUUUACUGAAGCCAUAUCGACGCUGUUACUGUCUUAACGUUAUUCGCUUGUCGACUGUGUAGUAUCUAGAAAGGGUGAUGGCGGGUCCUUUACUUGAGUUUGAGACAGAGAUGUUCCUGAGUUUAUUCGGCACUGACGGGCUGCUGGUGACGGCGGAGGGAAUGGGGAUUGACCGCAUCCUGCUACAGUUCAUGCGGGUAUACUCCGAGGAGGGGAGCCUGGUGCUGCUGCUUAAUACAACCACCCCGGAGCAGGAGUACUUUACAGAGCAACUGAGGGCUGAGGGAGUGAGCCACCUGCCAAAGACAGUAACCAGUGAUGUCCAGAACACAGAUCGCUACACAGUGUACACACAGGGAGGAGUUUUGUUUGUCACCAGCCGUAUCCUAGUGGUGGACUUCCUCACCGACAGAAUACCAGCACAUCUCAUCUCUGGUUUGCUGGUGUACCGGGCCCAUAAGAUCAUUGACUCUUGCCAGGAGGCCUUCAUCUUGAGGCUGUUCAGACAGAAGAAUAAGACUGGUUUUAUCAAGGCCUUCACGGACAAGGCCACAUCCUUCUCCUCUGGCUUUUGUCAGGUGGAGAGAGUCAUGAGGAACCUCUUUGUCAAGAAACUCUUCCUCUGGCCCCGGUUCCAGGUGUCGGUGAACUCUGUGUUGGAAAGACACAAGCCAGAGGUGGUGGAGCUGCACGUGUCUCUGACCCCGGCCAUGAGGGCCAUCCAGAGUUCUAUCCUGGAUAUCAUGAACGCAUGUCUGAAAGAGCUGAAACGUUAUAACCCCACACUGGAGGCAGAGGACCUCUCCCUUGAGAACACCCUGGGGAAUGCCUUUGAGAAGACCAUCCGUCACUACCUGGACCCCCUGUGGCACCAGCUGGGAGCCAAGACCAAGUCCCUGGUCCAGGACCUGAAGAUUUUGCGAACCCUGCUGCUCUACCUUACCCAGUAUGACUGUGUCACUUUCCUGAACCUCCUUGAUUCACUACACUCCAGCCAAAAAAACUUUGGGAGCAACUCUGGGUGGUUGUUCCUGGACUCGAGCACCUCAUUGUUUGUUAACGCCCGGAGCCGUGUGUACCAUGUUCCUCAGUCCAAGAAGAAGCUGAAGGUGGGAGCUGAUACUGAGAAACAACCAAGCACUGCUGGGAUGAAGAGGGUGCUGGUGCUAGAGAAGAACCCAAAGUGGGAGGCACUGACAGAGGUGCUGCAGGAGAUAGAGAAGGAGAACAUGAGCUCUGAACUGGAACCAGGCCGUGUGUUGAUCUGUGCCAGUGAUGACAGGACCUGUGCUCAACUUCAUGAGUACAUUCAUCGUGGCUCAGACUACAUACUGAACCGACUCUAUGCUCGCACGAUCGGCAAAAGAGAUGCCUCAUUCGACCCAGACGCACAAAAACAUCAGAUCCAGGGCGGGUCCAGGAAACAACAGCCUGAGAAAGGAACCAAGGGCAAGAAAGCCAAACAGAACUCAAAGAGUAAGAAGAGGCCCUCUCUGACCCUGACCCAGAUGGUGGGUAACGGAGAGGAGGAUCGAGGGGGAGAGCUGGGCAGCAGUGGGGGGGAGGGAGGCCUGUUGGGAGAAGAAGAGGAGGAGGAGGACGAAGCGAAGCUGAAGUUAGACUUGUCGUCUGAUGCCUACUACGGUGUUCUGAAGGAGCCAUUGACCGUUAUUCAUCCUCUUAGGGGUUUCACUGACCCUUACAGUCUGACGCGGGUACUGCACGAAGUGGAGCCCAGCUUUGUGGUGCUUUAUGAUGCUGAACUCAGCUUUGUUCGUCAACUGGAGGUUUACAAAGCCACCAGACCGGGAAAACCACUGAGGGUGUACUUCCUGAUUUAUGGCAGCUCCACAGAGGAGCAGAGAUACCUGACGAGUCUGGCUAAAGAGAAACAGGCUUUCGAACACCUCAUAAGGGAAAAAGCCACCAUGGUCGUUCCUGAGGAAAGAGAGGGAAGAGAAGACACUAACCAGGAUCUCAGCAGGAAUCAGGAGGCUGCUAACGCUACCACCAACACCCGCAAGGCAGGGGGCCAGGAGCAGCCCAAGGAGCCGUCCCGUGUGAUCGUGGACAUGCGAGAGUUCCGCAGCGAGCUCCCCUCUCUCCUCCACCGGCGCGGCCUGGACAUCGAGCCCGUGACCCUGGAGGUGGGCGACUACAUUCUGACGGCCGACACCUGUGUGGAGCGCAAGAGCGUCAGUGACCUGAUUGGCUCGCUGCAGAGCGGACGGCUCUACACCCAGUGUCUCUCCAUGACCCGAUACUACCGCAGGCCCGUCCUGCUAAUCGAGUUCGACCCCGCCAAGCCCUUCUCCCUGGUGGCGCUCGGCGACCUCCGCCGGGAGAUCUCAGCCAAUGACGUCACCUCCAAGCUGACCCUCCUCACCCUGCACUUCCCUCGCCUCAGGAUUCUGUGGUGUCCCUCCCCCCACGUCACGGCAGAACUGUUCCAGGAGCUGAAGAAAGGCGGAGCAGAGCCAGACGCCGCUGUCGCCCAGGCCGUCACAGCCGAGUCAGACACAGUGGCAGAGUCCGCUGACCUCUACAACCCCGGGCCAUAUGACUUCCUGCUUCGGAUGCCAGGUGUCAAUGCUAAGAACUACAGGGCUCUGAUUAAACACGCGGAUUGCCUGGCAGACAUAGCAAAACUAAACCAGGAGAGGCUAGCUCAGAUUUUGGGACAUGCUGGCAAUGGGAAGUUGCUCUAUGAGUUUUUGCAUAACACUGUUGAUGUCCCUACACAGAAAAGUAAGUAGCUAUAUGCUGAACAGCACAGGUGAUGUCCGCUAUGUUCUGGUCUGACUGUCAGUGAUACUGUGGGGAAGACCUUAUGAGUGGACCGAGUUCAAUGGUUUUCUGAACAUGCUUGGGAAUUUUCUAUUUUUGCUAUCUAACUCUGACUGUUUAAAUCGUUGAAUAUGUAACAGUUUUUCUUACAUGAGCUGACUUAUUUUUAGGUAGAACUGACUUUGUACUGUGGUGUGGUUGCAUUUGAUACUUUCAGUACUGCAGUGGAAAUGUGCAGUUGGACUGAAGUCAAUAGCAUUUUAUGAUGAAUUAAUUUUCUCUAACUAAAAUAUAUUUUUAAUGUCAUGCUGUUUGCCAUAAUUUGACCUUAUUGAAUGUUCCAGGUAUUGAUUAUUGGCUGUCUGUAUAGUUGUGCAUUAAAUAAGUAUUCAC